CAGGUCAUUAAAAGGAUUUUCUUACUCCUUCAUAGGAGCAAGAUGAUGACUGGGAUGAUGAUGAUUGGGAUGAUGACAGUGAGGCUGGCUCAGCUGCUCCUCCACCUUCCUCCCACCGUGGACCCGAUGCUGAAUCUGUCUCUGCAAAACUAGGAGAUGGUAAAGGAACAGUACGCAAGACAUUCAAUCGCUUUUCCACAUUUGUGAAAUUUGGAGGUGAGGACUACAUCUUAGGGGAGUCCCAGGCCAACAUCUCAAAGGAUGAGCACUUGACCAUCAUUGAUACCGGUGAGGACUCUGGGGGAGUAAGAUGGGAUCCCCUACCUCAGUACUACACUUGUACUGUGACUCAGCCAAAGAAGGAAUCCAAAUUGAAAGGUCUCAAGAGCUACAUUGCCUACCAAAUCACCCCUUCAGUGAGUCAGAAAAGUCCUCUGUAUGUUGAAAGCAUCAACAUUGCUGUUUCUCGACGGUACAAGCACUUCGACUGGCUUCACGAAAGACUUGAGGUGAAAUUUACCUUCAUCCCAGUUCCCCCUUUGCCUGACAAGCAAGUCACAGGUGAGACUAGUUCUUGCCCAUUUUGUGCAUUUUUUAAAAUGAUGAAUGAGUUUGUUGGGAGCAAUCAAACUUAUUAUUUUGGUAGUGGAAGAUGUGUGCUCUUGACUUCAUCCAAAUGUUUGUACUUUCCUUCAGGGCGUUAUGAAUCAGAGUUCAUUGAGCAUCGUCGAUCUAUGCUGGAGUCAUGGGUUCAGCGAGUGAGUCGGCAUCCUGUCCUUGCCCGCAGCGAGGUCUGGAGACAUUUUGUCUCCUGUACAGAUGAUAAAGCAUGGAAGGUUGGGAAGAGAAAGGCAGAACGUGAUGAACUUGUUGGAGCAAAGCUCUUCCUUGCAAUUGAUGCACCUGAGAGCCCUCUUGCACCUGAUACUGUGGAGUUGCAGGUAGAAGGGUUUGGGAAGUUUGUGCACCUCCUAGAGAAGAGUGUGGCAAACCUGCAGGUAACAGCACUGGACCAGAUCAAGAAGAUGAUACGUCACUAUCGACGGGAGCACCUGACAGUGGGCAAUGCUUUUCGGCAGCUUGGGACUGCCCUCGACAAUGAUACAGCCCAUUGUAUGCUCCUUUAUCUUUUGUUAGCAUUUCCUCUCAUAUUAACCAAUUUGAGCAUUCUUCAUGGAUGUGAUUUUUUAGACCCAGAAAAGGUGAAGAAUGCCCUGAAGUACACUGGGCAAGCAUAUGAAGACAUUGCAAAACUUUGUGAAGACCAGCCCAAAACAGACUGGGAGCCGUUAAGUGACAAGCUUCAUGAGUAUCGUGGCAUGUUGUCUGCCUUCCCCGAAAUCCUCCACCUCCAUAAGGGAGCCUUGCAAAAAAGAAGAGAAUACCAAAGGCUUGGUGCUGAAGGGAAAUUGGACAAGCAGCAGGUGGAUGGAGUGGUGAGGCGAACGGACAUUGUCAGCUAUGCUGUCCUGGCUGAGAUGUCACACUUCCGUGAGGAGUUGGCCAGAGAUGCCAAUGACAUGAUGAAGGCUUAUCUCAAGGAACAAAUUGCCUUUUACAGACGGGUGACAGAGAAGCUGGAAGAUUCACUGAAGCAGUAUUCUUAAGGAAGAUGGAAUUGAUUUCGUCCUGCCAGUCUGCCAUCAAGAUGUGUAGCUGGCAUUUACCAUUUUUCCAAGUGAAAAUGACUGCAAUGUGUUUUGUGAGCAUACCAUGCUUGCUCUGUCCGUCCUCCCAGACCGAGGAGAUUUCUGGCUGUCUAUAUAAUAUUCCCACAAAGGGGAAACAAAGCUUUGGAUCAAGUGUACGAUAGCUCUGUGAUGCCCCUAUGGAAAUCAGAGUAUUUUUAAAUCAAAUAUCCCUCUCCCCUUUUGCAUUCACUUAAUAUGAAAAAAUUUUAUUUAAGUUUGCAAGAUUAGAGCCCACUUCUAUUUUCUUGUACAAAAGGGAAGUGAAUGCAGCUUGGCAGAGCAUGCAGACAUUCACAGUGCAUAAUUCAAGUCCAUUCUCUUUCUCAGAUUGUCUCCAUAACCCCAUGCUUGCAUCACAAUUAAGCAUUCAUUAUUUUUUUUAGCAAUUACAUUGAUCUGAAAAAGUAUGAAAUGAAUCUAGAAGUCCAUUAAGUUAAUCUGAAUUCUGUUUGAUUGAUCAAAUUUUUGGAUUAAAGGGUGCUCUGGUUGGUCUUUUCUGCCCCACCUCAGUGAAAUUAAUCCCAGCACUUGCCAAACCAGAAAAACUCUUCUUGCUCUGAUAGAUGAACUCAAUUCUCAUGACCUGAGGUAUUUGGUGCUGGAUGCCACUUAGUGCAUAAUUUUGUAUGGGAUGUGAGGGCUUCUAUUUGGGAUCCAAACUCUGGCUGGGAAUCCUGAGACUCAAGAUACUAACCAAUGAAAUACAGAACCUGAAUCCUACAAGCUUCCCCAAAUUAGCAGUUCUUGCCAUGCUUUGUUCACUUUCUCUCUUAUGAUAGCUUUUUUUGUUGCACAUAUCGAGAUUUGAUUCAUGUACCUUUGCCUCGCAUUAUCAAUUAGGAUUGUGCUUCCCUUAAGGCAAUUUGAUUGCCUUCAGCCAGUAAUUUCAAGAGAGACAUCUCCAGGCACGUCUGUUAAUCUGUUAAUUUGGCUGUGAGAAUCUUGUGCCUUCCUCAUGUGAGAUCAUUGACUGCUUGCAGUUAUAAUCACAUGUGAGCAGCUUCUGGGAACAGAUAUCUGAAGUCAGUUCAGGUAAUGCCAUCUAGUCUGAGUGAAGAGCAUUCACUACAUGGAUGGGAGUCUCUUUCUCAUGACAUUAUGAUACUUUUGUUAUCAAUGUCCUUGUGCCUAACUUUUAUUUUCAAUAUUUUUGCAAAUGCUGUGCUUAUGGUGGAAUAUUCCUUUAUUUCCACUCUGUUCUCCAAUGAUACUUGCUUUAUAAAUGAUUCGGUGAUAUUUCUAUCCAAUUGGUUGAUCCACAUUUGAAAUGUAGAUCUUUUGCAUGCCUUGGAGACAAGAAACAGGUGUUGGGAACCAGUCACAGGAGUUUCUUGGGAUGCCUCUUUCACACCAUAGGUUGCUCAAGUCUCUGCAGAAAUAAAACAGACAUUUCAGGGA